CUGCUCUGAAGAGAACGGGAGUGUGGAGGCGCCGGCCGGUCCCACCGCCAUGUGACUUUCCAGGCCGUACACGCCGCGGAACCGGCAGAUAGGCUGACACAGCACCUGGGCCCUGCAGGCCUGCGGCUCUACUCUGCGCGCUGUGGGAGGCGAGGCCCGUGGUGGGGGAGAAUUGAAGCAGGUAACAUCUAAAGGAACUGGUUUAAAUCCUAAUGCCAAAGUAUGGCAAGAAAUUCCUGCUGGAAGUACUGAUGCCACCUCAGUAACUCAUGGAACUGAAAGCUCUUGGCAUGAAACAGCAGCCACGUCAGGGUCUCAUCCUGAGGAGCCAUCAGAAGAUACGUGUAAGGAAUAUGAAGUAAUGUAUUCUCCAUCUUGUGAAAGCACAAGAAAUACUACAGGCAUUGAAGAGUCAACUGAUGGAAUGAUUUUAGGACCAGAAGAUUUGGGUUACCAAAUAUAUGAUGUUUCCGGAGAAAGCAAUUCAGCAAUUUCUACAGAAGACCUAAAAGACUGUCUGAAGAAACAAUUAGAAUUUUGUUUCUCACGAGAAAAUUUGUCAAAGGACCUUUAUUUGAUAUCUCAAAUGGAUAGUGAUCAGUUCAUCCCAAUUUGGACAGUUGCCAACAUGGAAGAAAUAAAAAAGCUGACCACAGACCUUGAUCUAAUUCUUGAAGUAUUGAGAUCUUCUCCCAUGGUACAAGUGGAUGAGAAGGGCGAGAAAGUGAGACCAAGUCAUAAGCGUUGUAUUGUGAUUCUUAGAGAGAUACCUGAAACAACACCAAUAGAGGAAGUGAAAGCUUUGUUUAAAAAUGAAAACUGCCCCAAAGUGAUAAGCUGUGAGUUUGCACACAAUAGCAACUGGUAUAUCACUUUCCAAUCUGACACAGAUGCACAGCAGGCUUUUAAAUACUUAAGAGAAGAAGUUAAAACAUUUCAGGGCAAGCCAAUCAUGGCAAGGAUAAAAGCCAUCAAUACAUUUUUUGCUAAGAAUGGUUAUCGAUUAAUGGAUUCUAGUUUGUAUAGUCAGCCUAUUCACACUCAAGCACACUAUGCCUCACCAGUCUUUAUGCAGCCUGUAUAUAAUCCUCAUCAGCAGUACUCAGUCUAUAGUAUUGUGCCUCAGUCUUGGUCUCCAAAUCCUGCACCUUACUUUGAAACACCACUGGCUCCCUUUCCCAAUGGUAGUUUUAUGAAUGGCUUUAAUUCACCAGGAUCUUACAAAACAAAUGUUGCUGCUAUGAAUAUGGGUCGACCAUUCCCCAAAAAUCGUGUGAAGCCUCAUUUUAGGUCAUCCAGUGGUUCAGAACACUCAACAGAGGGCUCUGUGUCAUUGGGGGAUGGACAGUUAAACAGAUCUAGUUCAAGGAACUUUCCAACAGAGCGGCAGAACCCAACAGUAGCAGGGCAUCAGGAGCAAACUUUCCUUACAAAGGAGACUCCCACUCUGCAGAUGGAACAGAAUGGGGACUAUGGUAGGGGCAGGAGAACUCUGUUUAGAGGUCGAAGACGACGAGAAGAUGACAGGAUCCCAAGACCCCAUCCUUCAACAGCCGAGACAAAGCCUCCAACACCAAAGUUUGACUUACUAGCCUCAAAUUUUCCUCCUUUACCUGGAAGUUCAUCAAGAAUGCCAGGUGAACUUGUUUUGGAGAAUAGGAUGUCUGAUGUUGUUAAAGGUGUCCUCAAAGAAAAGGAUAAUGAAGAGUUGAGAGUUAGUUGCUCAGUGCCUGCGGAGGAUGAGCAGACAGACUGCACUUCUGCCCAACAACUAAGUAUGAGUCCCAGUCCUCCAGGUGCAGCUGAGAUUCCUGCACUUAGCGCAACUCAGCAAGAAAAAGAUUUAGUAGAGGAUACCACUGUUCAGAAGGAUGUUCUCAACCAGAUACCAGUUUCUUCCCCAAGUACUACAAAGCCAUCAAGGGCAAAUACUACUUCACCAUGUAAUAGUAACAUAAAUGCAGCUGUAUCUGUGGCUCUGCAGGAACCCCGAAAGUUAAGUUAUGCUGAAGUGUGCCAGAAACCCCCAAAAGAGCCGUCUUCAGUUCUUGUGCAACCACUACGGGAACUUCGCUCCAAUGUAGUGUCUCCCACCAAAAAUGAAGAGAAUGGAGCUCCUGAGAAGUCUGUUGAGAAACCACAUGAGAAGCCAGAAGCAAGGGCUAAUAAGGAUUAUUCUGGCUUCCGAGGCAAUGCCACGGCCAGGGGAGCAGCUGGAAAAAUCAGGGAACAGAGACGCCAGUUUAGCCAUAGGGCUAUACCUCAGGGAGUGACUCGACGUAAUGGCAAAGAGCAAUAUGUGCCACCCAGAUCACCAAAGUAAAAAAAGAAAAACUUUUCACAAACUUUUCUCUCUUCCCAUUAAACUUGAGCCGUGGCUAUAUUGAACUGUUUUGGAGGGGAGGGUUUAGCCAGAAAGGAAACAGGAAGAUGUAUGUCCUUAAGCCAUUAUGGAUUUUGGCUUUGUGAGCAGUUGGAUCCCAAAAUUCAUCUCUAACGUGAUUUUUUAAAUGCUGGAGGAUUCCAAUCAGUAUAAAUAUAUAUAUAUAUAUAUAUAUAUAUACACACAUAUAUAAAAAAUAUAAUUUUUCUAUUUUUGUUUUUGAUUUUAAUUUGCGGAGAUUUUCUGCUGAGAAUCAAUUUUGAACGUUCAGAUUUAGCUUGAAAAAAACAUUAUACAUCCUUCAGUAUAGGAGAUGAGGGAGUGAGAGAAAAUAUUUUUUGAACAAGCAAUUCUGUAAAAUUAGAAAUUACUUUUUUAAAUCUAUUUAAAGUUUGGCUUGGAAAAUGCCAUCUCUGGCUAUAUGGCCUUUUGUUGCAAAGCAGAUCUGUGGCUGGGGUGCCUGUUGUGGGUGUGAGUGUGGACAAGAGUGAUUGAAGCCAAAUCUGUUGUGUUAGUAAAUGAUUUUAAAACUGAAUGUAAUACUUGAGUAGUUUUUUUCUUCCUAGUUUGAAAUUUAGUCUGUCUUUCUGAGCUUACUAAUAUUUCAUCCAAGACGUUGUACUUGGAAAUAUGACUACCAAUCAGUUUGAUAUUCAAGAAAAAAAGUUUAUUCAGAAAAUUGAAAUAAAUUUCAUCUUAGACCUGAGUAGAUGGCCUUCAGAGUUUUAAACUGCCCUGUGAUUUUUCCCCUAACAUGGGGAGCAAAAGUUUUUUUGAUACUCUGAUGCUCUCUGUUCUUUACCCACUCCCCAAAGCAGAAUAACCACAUACUGAAUUCUGUGUUUGUAACUGCUUUGACCUGUCUAGUCAAAUGAUACAACUGUUCUAAAUUUCAGAUUCAAUUGAACAUGAAAUAUUUACUCUUCUGUUCACAUAUUUAGAAUUUUCACAUAUUUAGAAUUUUAGGUCCCAGAAUGGUAGGGCAAACUAACCCUACAAUAAUUUAUUUGCAUUAAUGUUAAGACGAAACAUUGUAACUGACUUUAAAAAGUGAAAUAGUGUAGAAGUAAAAAAACAUUUUUAAAAAGCUUAAUUUGGGGGGAAUUUUUUUUUUUUAUAUUUACAGAGUAUUACUUUUCCUCCUUCACUUCUUCCUCCUACCCCCAAAAACGAUACAGUUUGGAAUUCACUGAAACAGAACCAGCAAGUCAUGAGAUUUUUAAGAUGAAGAAAAUGGUUGAAGAAAAUUAAUGUGUAUUUUCUCAGUGGAUAAAGUUAUAUAGUUUUCAUAUGUUAAAUAGGCAAGUUUAUAUGCUGGUGUUUAGAAAAUGGCUCUACUAUUAAAAACCAUGUUGCAUUAAUCUGUUUUCAGUCAUACCAUGUUCAGAGUUCUAUGUAGGGUGGCUUUUAUUUUUCUUUUUAUGGAUAGCUUGUAAUACAUAAGAACUGUCCCUUAUGUUAGUGAAUUACAUAUGUACAAAUUGAAACUGUAAAUUGUGAACACUGGAAAGCACCAUUGUGACAUAGACUAAACAUCUUAGUAAUAUAUUAAAAUGAAUGUAAAUGGAAGUUAAAAUUACAUUACUGUGAAACUUACCUUCCAACUCUAAGUUAAGCUUUGAAAAUUUGUAUUAGUGGGUAACUGUUAAGAGCUUGGAAAACACUGCACAUUUCUGUACAAGCCAGAAUUAUUUCUUUGUAACUUAUUAUUCAGCUUGGCAAUUGCUUUUGAUUUGUUGGAUUUUAUACAUGAUAUAACAUAUUACUCAGUUUGAAACUAUUCAUUUCUACACACUAUUUUUUAAAUUGCUUAGUAGAUGAAACAUACAAUGAAACUACCUGCGCUGAAAUUUGGGGGAAGUUUAGGUCCUUUUAAGGAAAAGUAUUAAUAAUCACUGACUACAUCUAUGAUAAAAGUGCUUAUUUUGGUUUACUUAGAUAACGCUGCAGUUGGUGGAAAUGAUAGACAUUAAAGUGUUAACAUCCUGUGAAUGCAUUGGAUUUAAGAGAAUAAACAUUUUGUAAAAAUCACUUGGUAAGGAUUAUAAACUUAAUUAUUGCACUUAAAAUGAAACAUGCUUUUUUUAAACAAUGUGUCACAGAUGUAGGCUUGUAUUAUAUGUAUGCUUGUGUGUCUUACUGUUUCUAAAAAUCUAAAGAUUCUAAUUGUAACAAAAAGUCUUUUAAGAGUCUUCUUUUGAAGAAAGCAAGUGUAUUUUUGCUUUUUCCCUAAACAUUACUGAAAGUAGAAAUUUAAUUUGAAGACAUGACCAUUUUUUAAAUUUCUCAUAGUGUUUUUAAUUUAAUUUGCCUCAUUAUAACUAAUAGUUCCCAUUUGAUGGGAUAUAUAGAGAAGAAUAAAUAUGUGUGUAUGUGUGUGUGUAUAUAUAAUAUAUAUUCACAGUAUGUAUUUAGCAUUUAUUUUAUUACACCAGAUUUAAGGAUUUUUAUCUAAAUGAUGCCUGUGAGUUGUGUGAAAACUGUUGGCUUUUUUCCCAGCAUUACUCUUAUUAUUGAUGAGGGUGGGUGUUCAUCGUAGUUCAGUUAUUUAUUUGGUUCUUAUAGAUGGAAAAAUGUGAAUAUCAUUUUUUCUUCAUCUUUAUGACUUACCAUUUUUCCUUGGGUUGUUGAAUGUCUGGUACAGUGAUGUUCUGCCAUAAGUUUUUACUGAAUGAAAAGAACAAGAGUUAAUUAUUACCUUGCAGUUUAGAGAAAGUGCAUAGAGACAUUGCAAAACCUGCCUCCAUUUUCUAUCCUGAUAAUUACGGUUUUUGUAAUAUCAACAGCCUGUCUAAUCUGAGUAAUUUCAGUUUUGCCAAAUAUAGGCACAUUAAAAUAGUGCUCUAAAUUUUUUUUUCAACUGGAUUUUAGAGGAAGAUAAUACUUCAGUGAUACGGGGUUAUGGUGGUCUUAAGUGCUCAGUGUACAGGAGAUCAGAUGACACACAGAAUUCUGGUUUAUUUUUGGUUCCUAAAAUUAAGGUAGCUUGAAUAUUUCACAUUCCAUUUUCUUUUUAAAUAACCAGGUUUGCUUGUAAAACGCUUAAAUGAUGGAGUAUUAGCAUCUUCACUAGUGUUUACAAUAGAAAAGAAAGAAGAAUGUUGCUGGAACAGAAAAUAGCAUUUAAAAGUUAACUGAACACUUCUCUAGUUUAUUAGGUAUAGCCUUAAUAAUUAGUCUCUUGACUUAAAUGUCCACUGGCUUUACUCUGACAUGGUCAAACUACACUGGAGUUAAGUCUCUGAUAUUUGUGUUGGCAAUAUAUAUUAAUCAUUUUAAAGUACCAGUUUUUCUUUUUUAACAGAAAAGGCAAACUCAAAAGAGGACAUGUGUUUCUUUUAAGGGGAUUUUAUAAAUUCUUAAUUAUAUGACAGGUAAAGUUUUCUAAUACUUUAUAUUUCCUUAAAUUUGGUGGCCAUUAAUUUAACUGGGCUUUUUGGUAUAUGCUAAUGUAGCUCACCUGAGUGUCCAAGAAAAUACUUAGACAUUUCACUUUUUAUUAUCUGAAUGAGGAUAUUUAAGGAGUUGAAUUUAUUUUCAAGUUGAGAAUCAAUUCUAUUUUAUAAUUCACCUGAUUAUUAAAUAACUUAAAGUUUAAUUUUUAAAGAUGAGGACUUUUUGUGAAUCUUUGAGUAGACAGUUCCUAAAAGUGCAACUCAGAUAUUAACAGGCUGUGUGUUAAAUGGGUUUAUUUUCACUUUUCAGCACAGAACACUGAUUAGCAUGUAUAAAGAAAUAAUCCAUAUCAGCUUUUUGUUUAAAUCCUGAUUCAGGUGUCCUUUGAGUGACAUCUCUAAAUGUGAGGGUUUGGGGGUUAGAAUCAGUUCUCUGACUUCUAUUUUGUCCAUUGUGUAGGUUUGUUUCUGUUGUCAAAAAUGUCCCCUCCCAAAAUGGUAUGACACAUGCUUAUGCAUAAAAUGUUUAAAUGAGUACAUCCUUGUAUUUGUUUUCAACAUUGCCAAGGUGCUAUGGGAAACUAAAGUAACAAAAAUUAGAGAAAAAUAAAAUUAUUAAAAGCAGGA